GUUAGAUUUUAUUAUAAAGAUUCAAAAAUUGACUCAUUUCUCAAAAUUUUAGUGGUAAAUUUUAUAGAGAGUAAGAAAGAGAGGAAAAAACUAGCCGUUAAGAGGCGCCUCUGAAGCAUUUGCAACUCUGACAGUUUGUCCCGGGUUUUUUAACUUUUCACGUGAGUUUCUCUCUCAUCACGUGCUGUUAUGAUACUCAAAAAAUGUCAACCUUAACUACAAAACCCUCCUAUUCUCUGUUUUAUUCCCUGUUUCAUCAACUCAUUUUCAGCUCCUCACCAAAAACCCAAUUUUUUUUUCUAAUUUUUUUUUUUUUUUUAAAAAAAAACCCAUUAAUUUUUUUAGAUUUUUGAAAACACCCAAUUUCUCAAAUGUUGAUUGAAACUCAAAAAAAGAAGGGUAAAUGGAAGAUACAAUCCAAAGAAAAAACCCCACUUGGUGGUUCUGGUUCCGGUUCCGGUUUCGGGUUUAAGUACAAGAAGGUGUUGAUUUUGAUGCAAUUGUUGAUGAUUUUAUGUCAACAAGGUUGUUCAAGUGAGAGUGGAUAUGAUGGUGUGGUAAUUACACAAGCUGAUUAUCAAGGUUUACAAGCAUUUAAAAAUGAGUUGAUUGAUCCAAAAGGGUAUUUAAGGAGUUGGAAUGAUAGUGGAAUUGGUGCUUGUUCAGGUGGUUGGGUUGGAAUUAAAUGUGCAAAAGGUCAAGUUAUUGUAAUUCAACUUCCUUGGAAAAAUUUAGGUGGUAGAAUUACACAAAAAAUUGUCCAAUUUCAAGCACUUAGAAAACUUAGUCUUCAUGAUAAUCUUAUCACUGGUUCAAUCCCUUAUUCUUUAGGCCUUCUUCCUAAUCUUAGAGGUGUCCAACUCUUUAAUAACCGCCUUUCGGGUUCGAUUCCAGCUUCAUUAGGCCAAUGUCCUCUGCUUCAAACCCUUGAUCUUAGCCAUAAUUUUCUUACAGGAAAAAUCCCUCCUAGUCUUGCUAAUUCUACUAAGCUUUAUUGGGUCAAUUUGAGCUAUAAUUCCUUGCAAGGUCCUAUACCCGGCGAGUUAACUCGUUCGAGUAGCCUUAGUGUUCUUUCUCUUCAAUAUAAUAAUUUAUCAGGACCAUUGCCUUCUAGUUUGGGGAAACUUUCUAGUAUUAGGACAUUGGAUUUGUCCCAUAAUUUUAUCAAGAGUAGUUUUCCAAAGAGUAUUUCAAGGUUAUCUUCUUUGAAUACAUUGAAUUUAGAGAGUAAUUAUCUUGUAGGAGAUUUGCCUGAAGAUAUAGGUAACCUUCAUAAUUUGUCUAUGCUUAAUCUUAGGAGGAAUCGAAUCGAGGGUCGAAUUCCUCAAUCAAUUGGCAAUCUUUCUACCCUUAAACAGCUUGAUUUGUCCUUCAAUGAUUUCAGUGGAGAAAUCCCAAAUUCACUUUCUAAUUUGAAAAAUCUUGGUUUCUUGAAUGUGUCAUAUAAUAGCCUUUCUGGUUUAGUUCCAACUGAACUUUCUGAAAAGUUUAAUUCAAGCUCAUUUAUUGGGAAUCUUAGAUUAUGUGGGUUUAGUCCUUCAUCUCCAUGCCCUUCAGAGGCACCAUCACCUUCAAUUGGCAUCUCAGCAGAAGCGAAAAAAGGCCGAAAAUUGAGCAUUAAAGACAUAAUUCUGAUAGCAGCAGGUAUACUUUUAGUGAUUAUGCUCACACUUUGCUGCAUACUACUCUUCUGCUUGAUCAGGAAAAGGUCUGUGUCAAGUCAAGAGAAAGAAGGGGGUGUUGCUGCCGCGGGGAGGGCCUCACAAGCCGAGAAGGGGGGCCCGUCUGGUGGACCGGAGGUUGAGACAGGCGAAACCGGGGGUAAACUGGUUCAUUUUGAUGGUCCAAUGGUGUUUACAGCAGAUGAUCUUCUGUGUGCUACUGCUGAGAUUAUGGGAAAGAGCACAUAUGGAACUGUUUAUAAGGCUACAUUGGAAGAUGGAAGUCAAGUUGCUGUGAAAAGAUUAAGAGAGAAGAUUACAAAAGGGCAGAAAGAAUUUGAAGCUGAAGUUAAUAUGAUUGGCAAAAUUAGACACCCAAAUCUUUUGGCAUUGAGGGCCUAUUAUUUAGGGCCUAAAGGAGAAAAGCUUCUUGUCUUUGAUUACAUUCCUAAGGGCAGUCUUGCAAACUUUUUACAUGUUCGAGAGCCAGACACACGAGUCGACUGGCCUACAAGAAUGAGGAUGAUACAAGGAAUGGCUAGAGGACUCUUCCAUCUUCACAACAAUGAGAAUAUAAUUCAUGGCAACCUGACAUCAAGCAAUGUUCUCAUUGAUGACAGCAUCAGUGCCCAAAUUUCAGACUAUGGCCUGUCAAGGCUAAUGACAGCAUCAGCUGCAGCAAAUGUGAUUGCUACUGCAGAAGCAUUAGGGUACCGAGCUCCAGAGCUGUCGAAGCUCAAGAAGGCCAACACGAAGACUGAUGUGUAUAGUCUAGGGGUGAUCAUCUUGGAGCUACUGACAGGGAAGUCACCCGGGGAAGCACUGAAUGGUGUAGAUUUGCCGCAGUGGGUGGCUUCCAUUGUUAAAGAAGAGUGGACUAAUGAGGUUUUUGACAUGGAGUUGAUGAAAGACGCGUCAACUAUUGGAGAUGAAUUGCUCAACACCUUGAAGUUGGGCUUGCAUUGUGUUGACCCUUCACCAGCUUCGAGGCCAGAGGUUCAGCAGGUUUUGCAGCAGUUAGAGGAGAUCAGGCCAACUGAUACUGCAACUACUUCGGGUGAUGACGGUGGUGGUGAUCCAUCAGCAAGUGAAUAAGGAAGAUUUAGAGGGAUUCUUCUAGGGAUUUUUGGUAUUUUAAUUAGUAGUCUUGAUCAUCUUUUGCUAAUUGAGCUUUGUAUAUAGAAUUCUAUUACUACUUAUUAGUUGCUCCUAAAUGAUCAUAAAUUAGUAGGUUUGUUAAAUUCUCUUGUUCCCGUCCAUUAAGGAACAAGAGACCUAUUUUAUUCUAAGCAAAGUCCAUUCUUUAAUG